GGCGGGGCGUGGAGCGGCGAGCCGCAGGGUGUGCGCUUGCGCUGAGCUCCGGGACAGGGCGUGUUCCCCGUUCCGGUCCGCGUUUUGCUCCGAACGAGUGCAUCUCUUGCCACUCAAGUGCGCCCUGCGGAAACCUGUGGUUCUCUCGCCCCACCUGUUAGGUGCUGCCUUCCGCGAACAUGUCCAAGUCUCUGAAAAAGUUGGUGGAGGAGAGCCGGGAGAAGAACCAGCCGGAAGUGGACAUGAGUGACCGGGGCAUCUCCAACAUGCUGGAUGUCAACGGCUUGUUCUCCUUAUCCCACAUCACACAACUGGUCCUCAGCCAUAACAAGCUAACAACUGUGCCGCCAAACAUAGCAGAGCUGAAGAAUUUGGAAGUGCUGAACUUCUUUAAUAACCAGAUUGAGGAGCUGCCCACACAGAUCAGCAGCCUUCAAAAACUCAAACACCUGAAUCUGGGCAUGAACAGACUGAACACUUUGCCUCGAGGAUUUGGCUCUCUCCCAGCUCUUGAGGUCCUUGAUUUGACUUACAACAACUUGAAUGAAAACUCUCUUCCCGGAAACUUCUUCUACCUUACCACCCUGCGUGCACUCUAUCUAAGUGACAACGAUUUUGAAAUCCUGCCGCCAGAUAUCGGGAAGCUCACAAAGUUGCAGAUACUCAGCCUUAGGGAUAACGACCUGAUCUCGCUGCCUAAAGAAAUCGGAGAGCUUACUCAGCUUAAGGAACUCCACAUUCAGGGGAACCGCCUGACCGUUCUGCCCCCAGAACUAGCAUACCUAUACUCCCGCAUUUUCGGGACAACCCUUGGACCUUGGUGGAAGCAAGCUUAUGAUGCAGUCCAGGAGAAAAGAGAGUCUUCUUUCUCUCACUGUCCCAUGGACGUCAUCCCCGAGCUGAGGAUUGCCUGUGGGGUCUUUCCUGGAGACUGUCCCUGGUCCACAGUUUUCUCACAUGGACCCAGGGCCCUGAAAACACAGCGUGGAAACUUGGAUUUAACUGGUCAGAAGCAAGUGUUCAAAGCAGAGAACAAUCCCUGGGUUACCCCCAUUGCUGACCAGUUCCAGCUUGGUGUGUCCCACGUGUUUGAAUAUAUCCGUUCUGAGACAUACAAAUACCUCUACGGCAGACACAUGCAGGCGAACCCAGAACCGCCGAAGAAAAAUAAUGACAAAUCGAAAAAGAUCAGCCGGAAACCCCUGACAGCCAAGAACAAAUAAAGGGUUGGCAUGGGCUGGACUUCUCGUUACUCCUCUUCCUUGUUAUUACUUCUGUUCCCUGUUACUGUAUGCCACCAAUAAAUGCAAUGUGUGUGUCGCUUUUCCACUCUCUCCUUCUAGCACUUAGCACUUCACCUCUUAACAUGCUUUUGGUAGGUGGUAGAUUUUUAUAAGUUCUCAAAAUCAUUUCCAUUUGUUUCCUUACCACUGCCAAAGGCAGGAAACAAAGCUCUAAUUCAACUGCAAAUUCCAGAGGAGGCACAGACCUCAGCUCCUUGAAUAGAUGUUCACUAAGGUGCGUGUUCUCAAAAGAAUAAUUAAAAAAUCAUGCGAUCACUUAAAUGUCACCACGAACACUGUUCGCUCUUCUGUUUAUUCACAGAACUCAUUAUUUUGCUUUGUGAAAAGCUUCCUUAACCAUCAAGGUAUUGUGUUAACUUACAAGUAAUUUUUAAUAAAAUCUUGAAUUUGUA